AUGCAGGUUGUGCCUUUUUCUGCUGCUACUGUUCGUGUCUCCGCAAGACCAGGCUGCUGCAUCAGCCCUGAUCUGCAGCAGCAAGAUGCAGCAAUUUUAUCUUUCCUCAGGGCCAAGCACAGGCUACGAGUUCGAGCAGCAGCAGCAGCAGCAGCUGCUGCUGCUGCUGCUGCUGGAGCGGGGGAUGCUGCCGCUGCUGGACCGGAGGGACCACGCGAAGAAGCGCCUUGCACCUGCACAGCUGUGGCUGCUGCCGCUGCUGCAGCUGCUGCAGCUGCUGCUGCUGCUCCUUCUAGUUCCCCUUCGGCUGGUCCUCAGCAGCAGCUCAAAACAGCAGCAUCUGCUGCAAGCAGCAGCAGUAGCAGCAGCAGCAGGACAGCAGGAGCGUGGCUUUUGCUGCGGCCGUCGGCGGCAGCAGCGCGUAACCAGAGGCAGCAGCAGCAAGCGGCAGCAGCAGCAGCAGCAGCUGCUGCUGCUGCUUCCUGUCCCCGUUGCUGCCCCUUAGGUUUGGUUUGCCCUCCGCAGCAGCUAAGUUAUUAUUACUGCACACCAGGAGACGCAAGCUCUCUCUCCGGUACUGUGGCUGUUGCUGGUCGCUCCUGUCUCCCUGGCCUCUGCAGCAGCAGCAGCAGCAGCAGCAAUAGCGGCAGCAGCGGCUGCUGCUGCGGCUGCGCGAGUUUGCUGCAGCUUAAGAGCAGCACACAGGAGCUGCUGCAGAUGGCUUUGGAGCCCGCAGCACCGAAAGAGAUGGAGGAACUCUUCGACCUAGGAAGGGCCGACGCUUUCAGGUGGGUGGUUCUGGAGUACAUGCGCUGCGAGGAGACGCUGUACAAGCGGGCAGGUGCUGCUGCUGUUGCUGCUGCUGCUGCUGCUGCAGCAGGGAGCGAGCCUGCCUCUCCGCGCUCACGUGCUGCUAGCGCAGCCGAGCCAGCAGCAGCAGCCAAUGCAGCAGCAGCAGCAGCAGCAGCAACCAAAGCAGCGCCAGCAGCACCAGAGGAAUCUGCAGCAACAGCAGCAGCAGCAGACACAGUGGUGGCGACGGAAGCAGCGGCAGAGACAAUCCGCAGCAGCAAAGGCGAACGAGCCGGUGCUGCAGCAUCCCCCAGCCGAUGUGCCAGCAGCAGAACGCAACAGGAGCCGCAGCAGCAACAGCAGCAGCAGCAGCAACAGCCGGACCAUGGACACCAAGAGGAUCAGACACAGCAAGAACCAGCACACGAGCAGCAACGGGAGCAGCAGCUGCAGCAUAAGGAGCAGCAGCAGCAACAGAAGCAGCAGCAGCAGCAGCAGCAGCAGCAGCAGCAGCAGGCGCCACAUGGGGUGUAUAUGGAGCAGUUUCUAAGGCGUGUCGACCUCGGUGUGGAGUUCUGCCACAUCUAUAGUCAUGCGCAUCACUGGCAGCAGCAGCAGCAGCAGCAGCAGCAGCAGCAGCAGCAGCAGCAGCAGGAAUGUAAGCAGAAGCACCAGGAGCCACUGGCGCAGCAGCAGCAGCAGCAGGAGGAGCAACAGCAGCGGCAGGAGGAACGCGAGCAGAUGCACCAGGUGGCACAGGCGCAGCAGCAGCAGCAGCAGCAGCAGCAGCAACAGCAGCAGGAAAGCCAAGAGCUACAGCAGCGGGCUCCAGACGAACCCCAGCAGCAGCUGCAGCAGCAGCACCUGCAGCAGCAGCUGCAGCAACACGCAGUGCCGGAGUCAGGUCGACAGCAGCACAGGGAGGGACAGCAGCAGCAACAGCAGCACCAGAUUGAGCAGCAGCGAGUAGGGCAUCAUGAAGGGAACCGUAUACAGCAGCAGCAGCAGCAGGAUAGCCAACAGUUACAGCAUCAGCAGCAGCAGCAGCAUCAGCAUGAGCAGCAGCAGCAUCAGCAGCAGCAGCAGCAUGAGCAGCAGCAGCAAAAGAGAGACGGCGACAGUGAGGAGGUUAUUUCUGGUGGGGCUGCUCGAAAGGCUGUUUGCGUUGAGGCUCUGCCUGGCUUUGCAUCUAUGAGCUGA